GACGUUUUGCGUAAUAGCUUGCGUCUGUAACUCUUUUAUCUCCUUUCGUUUUGUUGCUGGACGUAAUUUCCUGUCUGACUAGAGCCUUGAAUUGGCGCGGGCGAGAGAGCGAUAGAAUGCCUAAAUCAAAGGAGAUAGUUUCUUCAAGCGGCUCUGGAAGUGAUUCAGAUAGUGAGGUUGACCAAAAGGCUAAAAGAAAAAAGCAACCACCUCCAGAAAAAGAAAAGCCUGUGAAGAAGCAAAAAACAGGAGAAAGUUCCAAAGGAGCAGCCUCCUCCAAACAAAGUAGUAGCAACAGAGAUGAUAAUAUGUUCCAGAUCGGGAAAAUGAGGUAUGUCAGUGUCAGAGACUUUAAAGGGAAGGUGCUAAUUGAUAUCAGGGAAUUUUGGAUGGAUCAAGAAGGAGAAAUGAAGCCAGGAAAGAAAGGAAUUUCAUUAAACCCUGAACAGUGGAACCAACUGAAGGAGCAGAUGUCUGACAUUGAUGAUGCAAUAAGAAAACUGUAAUAGUCACCUGAGAAGAAACCUCAUUAUAGUUUUAAGCACUCUUUUUACAUUUGCUGUUUGUUUUCUACAUUUUUCUGUUUUACAAGCUAUUGUACAUUUGGAUUGCAAAGCAGUUUGUAAUCUAUUUUUUUUUUUACGUGCAUUACUAUGUACACUGGGUUAAUCUAGUAUGAAACUAUUAAACUGUUUAAGAUUGAAAAUAUUAGUUUUUAUUUCCAUGACUGACUAAAGAAAAUCCAUUUAUUUACAUAAUGGUUUGAAAUCCUAUUUGUUUUGACAUCUGAAGAAAGAAAAAAUCACACAUCACAUGUUUCUGUUAUUUUGCAAACUAAAUGGUAUAACGGAGUGGAGACCUCACUCAAAUAAUAAAGUGCUUGGCAAAUUUAAUUGGAUUAUUCAUAUGCUUUCAGAUAUCACUGAUGUAUGGUAAAAAAAUCUGCUUCCAAUCUUGGGAAAUGCAAUUGUGCUUAGAGAAAAUCUUUAUUGGCAAUUGAAGAUUAUGUAACAAGGUAGAAAAAUCUGAAAUGCAUAUUGAUGUUUGGCUGCUCAAAUUUUCCAAUAGUUUGUCGUAUGAUGUUGAGAUCACUUCAACUUUCAUCUAAUCAUUUUUUUUCUAAGUUUGGCACUUUUUGAAUGCACAUAUAAAAGUAAUUUGUUUUGUAUCUUUUGUAUGAACUUCAUUUAUUGUGAGCUUUAAAUUUAGAUGAAUAGUUUUUUUUGUUUAAUUUUUUUUAAGUAAUGUUCGGCAUCCAUAAGAUACAUUUAACAAUUUGGUACCUAGUUUAAGAGCCUCCUUUUUAAUAUGCAAACAAGUGUUUGUUUCCAAGCAACACAGAGUAGAAUUUCAUAUUCUGUAUGUUACAAAGUAAAGCUGAUGGAUUGUUUUGCAGUUAUGACAAAUGCAGGAACAGGUACUUUUAUAUUAGAAAUAUAAGGCAAAAGUGUUUUGACUUCUGUAUGCCUAACUGCUGAAUGUACAAUAAAUGUAUCUCAAUUAAAAUGUUUUACUAUCUAA